UGGUGUCAGACUUAGGACACACCCUUCUAAGAAAACACACUACCAACUGAGAUACACUCAGGCCAAUUCUCAGGGUGUACUACACAUUUGUAGACAGAUCCACUUUGAGGUACAAUGAAUUCUAGAAGGACACAGCGCAGAACAUCUGGCUUUAGGGCCAAAUUUAUGUCAAGUUUGUGUUGUUGCCUCCCAUUUUUUGGAUGUCGUCGACGAUCCAAGAAUCGGCGGGCAGAUACCCCUCUUUGCCACCUUCUGAGGUACCCGCCGCUGGCGAGGUCAGCGGUUCCUACACGCUGGUCUUGGUCUUCGGAAGAGGACGACGAGUCAGGUCGUCGGACGGGAUGCGUGGUGGUGUUCGGGUCAGGCAGCCUCGUUUCGUUUGCUCCUGAAGCGGCGAUGCUACCAUUCGUUCCUCUGGAGGAUCCCUGGGACCAAGAAAUGGAGGUGUUCGGCAGCGGCUGUGCGAGCAGUAGCGAGCCACAGGUUGUGUUUACUGUGAAGACAACGGACGUUGUACAAGAGCAUGAACACAAAGAGGUAAAUGAUCUUAAAAUGGUUGAUGAGCCAAUGGAAGAGGGAGAACAAGAUUCUUGCCUGGUUAAAGAAAUCCCUAUUACAAAUCAUGUUAAAGAAGGAUAUGAGAAAGCAGAUCCUGCACAGUUUGACUUGCUUAAGGUUCUUGGUCAGGGAUCCUUUGGAAAGGUUUUUCUUGUUAGGAAGAAGACUGGUCCUGAUGCUGGACAGCUCUAUGCAAUGAAGGUGUUAAAAAAAGCUUCUUUGAAAGUUCGAGACCGUGUUCGCACCAAGAUGGAGAGGGAUAUUCUGGUGGAAGUAAAUCAUCCAUUUAUCGUCAAACUACAUUAUGCCUUUCAGACUGAAGGAAAGCUGUAUUUAAUAUUGGAUUUCCUCAGGGGAGGAGAUGUCUUCACAAGGUUAUCCAAAGAGGUUCUUUUUACAGAAGAAGAUGUGAAAUUCUACCUUGCAGAAUUGGCCUUGGCUUUGGAUCAUCUUCAUCGUUUAGGAAUUGUGUAUCGAGACCUGAAGCCAGAGAACAUCUUGCUUGAUGAAAUAGGACAUAUCAAGUUAACAGAUUUUGGGCUUAGCAAAGAGUCAGUGGAUCAAGAAAAGAAGGCCUACUCAUUUUGUGGUACUGUGGAAUAUAUGGCUCCUGAAGUAGUAAAUAGACGAGGCCAUUCUCAGAGUGCUGAUUGGUGGUCAUAUGGUGUACUCAUGUUUGAAAUGCUUACUGGCACUUUACCAUUUCAAGGUAAAGACAGAAAUGAGACCAUGAAUAUGAUACUGAAAGCAAAACUUGGAAUGCCACAAUUUCUUAGUGCUGAAGCACAGAGUCUUUUAAGGAUGUUAUUCAAAAGGAAUCCAGUCAAUAGAUUGGGAUCAGCAGGAGUUGAAGAAGUGAAAAGACAUGCUUUUUUUGAAUCUGUUGACUGGAAUAAAUUAUAUAAAAGAGAAGUUCAGCCUCCUUUUAGACCUGCUUCUGGAAAACCGGAUGAUACAUUUUGUUUUGAUCCUGAAUUUACUGCCAAAACACCUAAAGAUUCUCCUGGUUUGCCGGCCAGUGCAAAUGCUCAUCAACUCUUCAAAGGAUUCAGCUUUGUUGCGGCUUCUAUUGCAGAAGACUAUAAAAUCACUCCUGUUACAAGUUCAAAUGUCCUACCUAUUGUCCAGAUAAAUGGAAAUGCUGCUCAAUUUAGCGAAGUCUAUGACUUGAAAGAGGAUAUUGGUGUUGGUUCAUAUUCUGUGUGCAAGCGAUGCAUACACUCAGUUUCCAACAUGGAAUUUGCAGUCAAGAUCAUUGAUAAAAAUAAGCGAGACCCCUCAGAAGAAAUUGAAAUUCUGAUGCGUUAUGGACAACAUCCCAACAUUAUUACUUUAAAGGAUGUCUUUGAUGAUGGGAAAUAUGUGUACCUUGUUACGGAUUUGAUGAAAGGAGGAGAAUUGUUGGAUCGUAUUCUCAAACAAAAAUGUUUCUCAGAACAGGAAGCUAGUGCUGUACUGUAUGUAAUAACGAAGACCGUUGAGUAUCUUCAUUGUCAAGGAGUCGUUCAUCGUGAUCUUAAGCCCAGUAAUAUCUUGUACAUGGAUGAGUCAGCCAAUGCAGAUUCAAUUAAGAUCUGUGAUUUUGGGUUUGCAAAGCAGCUUCGAGGUGAAAAUGGACUUCUGUUAACUCCGUGCUACACUGCAAACUUUGUAGCACCUGAGGUUCUCACUCAACAGGGAUAUGAUGCCGCUUGUGAUAUUUGGAGCCUAGGAGUCCUUUUUUACACUAUGUUGGCUGGCUACACUCCAUUUUCCAAUGGACCCAAUGAUACUCCUGAGGAAAUACUCCUGCGCAUUGGCAAUGGGAAGUUCUCUUUGAGUGGUGGAAACUGGGACAAUAUUUCAGAUGAAGCAAAGGAUUUGCUGUCUCAUAUGCUUCAUAUGGAUCCACAUCAGCGUUAUACUGCUGAACAAGUGUUAAAACACCCUUGGAUAGCCCAAAGAGACCAACUGCCACGUGAUGAGCCAAAGACAGAUGAUGCAUCCCAGGGAGCAGUGGUUGCAACAUAUUCUGCCUUGACUCAGAGGACUUUCCAACCGGUCUUAGAGCCUGUUGCUGCUUCAAGAUUAGCUCAGAGGCGUAGCAUGAAAAAGCGAACAUCAACUGGCUUGUAAGGUUCAUAGUAUUCCUCAGCUAACUGAGUGAAAUACAAUUAAAUGUGUGUUAUGGGCUGGAUUUGUUUUGUUUGCCUAAUCUUCUAUUAAAGGUAUUUUUUCCUGCCACAUUACUUGAAUAUUCUGUUUAAGCCUCUCUUUUUGGGAGGGUGGAAUUUUAAAUGAACAUACAUAGGUCCAUAAAAUUCAUACUAUGUCAUUUUGCAGUAGUGUCCGACUGUAUAACUCUAUAAUUGAUGUCCACCAGGUCUUAGCAACUUCUUUGCACAUUAACUUCUCAAAUUCCUUUUGAACAAAGUUAACCUAUUAUUUUUUUAUUAUUUUACACAAAAAUCAUUUAGGGAUUCACUAUUAUUAAUCAAGAUAAUUUUCAUAUGCUAUAAUGAUAAACAAUAUCGGUAUUUUUAACAUAAUUCCCUGAAGAAUAACUUGUUCUUAAAAGAAAAACAUAAGUAUUCUAGUAGCUUGUGCGUAGCCAAACCACUCCACUCAUUUGAGUCUGUUUAAAUACUAAAUAUAGUGAGAAUAGUUUGGUGCCAGAGCAAAAUCCAUUUGUGCUAAUACAUGAAUUCCUGAUAUGAAUGGUGCCAAAGUUUUGAUUGAGUAAUUAAAUCACUAAUAAUAUGUGCACACAGAUUUGUAUAUUAUCCAUAAGUGGCUUCGUCUAGAGAAAGUUUCCAUAAGGCUUCUAAUAUUUUACAGCUAGUGGAAUUGUAGUAAAAGUGAAGAUGUUUUUAUCCAAAGGAUUCAUAUUGGUAUUGUAAUCUCCUAAUUAUGUCAUAGUUAAGGCUUUGAAUAUGAAGUACAUGGUGUUGAUGUGAUCUUGGUGUUACAUAAGGUGACUUUGAAGUUAACCAAUUGAAUUUAAUCAUCAGUUUUCCCCUUUAUAAGUGGAGCUACACUAUCUUAUUUCUGAUUUCUGUGUGAUUUGAGCUACAGUGUAGCAUAUCAAUCUACUUUGAACCCUAUGGUGAUCUAGUUGAAGUUUUAUUAUAGUGGACUUGUACACUAAGCACAUAUGAUACUGUAUAAUGUAUUUCAGUAAGCAUUAGACAAUUCUACAUAAUUCUACAUAAUAGUUGUCCUUCAAGAAGAUAAUCUCAUAUUUUAAAUAAGAAGCAAUGUUGACACAGAAAUUUGAGCUCAUAAAAAGUAUAUUUACAAUAAACUGCCCAAAUUGGUUUUAUUAAAUUUAUGAUUUAGAACUAGUGUGUAAUGUGUAUUUUUUCUUUAAAUGCUGAAAUUAAAAAAAAAAAAACAUUUUAUGUUGUUGAAGAAAAUACUAUUAACUACUACUACUGACAGAAAUAAUUCAUGAAUGUAAACUGGAGGAUAUCAGUUGUGUUUAGUGAAUAGAAAUGUAUUACUUAUGUGUGCUAGGUGUACUGUUUGCUGUGCAUUUUACUUUGCUUAGUUCAGAGAGAACUGAUUACUGAGUAUAUGAUUUAGGGUUGAAGACAUGUAAUAUUGGUACCUAAUAAAACAAACCAUAUGUAUUCUCUUUAAAAUGUAAGUGGUCUUUAUCCAUGCACAAAUACCUGAUUCCUACACGUGAUAUAUAAAAGUAUGUAUUCUUACUUUGAGGUGUCUUUUUUUAAAAACAAUUGAACAAUUGUUUUAAAUAACACCUGAUCUGAUGCCACAAUA